CGAAAAAAAAAAAACGAGAAGGCCGCUGCUGUCGAAGAUGGUUUGGCACGAGCACUCAGGAAGCGGUGCCUCCUAACUUGAGCUGUGCUUCCUGUGUGAUAACUGACCUAAACAUGUUGCGCUAAGAUGCGCUCUCACACUCUCUCGCCCUCGGAGAAGCUAAGAAAAACAUCAAGAAGCGCAAAAAGCCUCUAAGGUUGGAGGAUUAAUGGGAUUUAAAAUAUGCCGAGAAUUAAUUCCUCAAAGCUAUUUCCUCCAGGAAGCUACUGUAUAGGUCCCAAAACCUGAUUAGUGGCGUGAUCUUCAACAGAAAAGACCUAAAGGUUCAACUCUGACCACAGGACAAAAUUCCGAGCUGCCGUUUCCCCAUUUAAAGUCGAAAAACAUUACUUCCUGUGACAUCUUCUCGUCGUUUUGUACACUCACGGUCACCAUUGAGAUGUCGGUAUCUGGGGUAUGCUCUCCGAUGACCGACUGAGGGUCCACCGCUUCCGCCUGCAGCAAUUCACCGGGCUUUUCAGCCUGGUAAUUGCUUCUGUCUAGAGACAAAAAAAAAACAAAAAAACAUCGUAGUCCUGAGAACUGGGAUGCUAUAGCUACACAGUUCCAUCUACAGGCUUGUUUGGCAUAUUCAGCCAUGUUACAGCAAUCGGAGCUCAUCUUUGACUUCGCCAGUGACCAUGGGAACCUGUCAGGGUUGAGGGAUCACUCUGAUGUGCCUGCUGUGAUCAUGGAACCGCUUCCACAUCACCACCUGCUAGCAUAUUCAGGGUUUUUAUGCGAAGAACCACAGGCAGAGGACCCCCACUUGCUUAAAGUGGAGCCAUGUGAAAGUGGAGACGACGAGACCAUGGAAACACUUAUUGCUGCUGAUUCACUUCUUGACUUGGACUGUUCUGACACUCUAUCGUUAGAGCAACACUAUUCCCAGACCUUCCUGCCAUCGCUGGGUGACGUCAUCACUGCUCCUGUCACUCAGGUGACUGUGUCAGCAGAGGGGCUGGUGGGGGCUGUUGAAGAGCCGGAGUGGCAGUCGUUGCACACAAAUAAUCCUGCAACACAGCUGCAGUCCAAAAAGAGAAGUAGAAAACGACAUCGAAGGGCGGAAUCACCCACCCCUGACAUAAUAGUGAAGAGGAAUAAGUACAAUAAAGGUGGGAACACGCUUUACCUGUGGCAGUUUCUAAUGGAGCUACUACAAGACAGACAAGUUUGCCCCCGCUACAUUAAAUGGACCAAUCCCAAUGCAGGAAUCUUCAAACUGGUUAACUCGAAGGCCGUGGCGAAACUCUGGGGCAAACACAAGAACAAGCCAGAUAUGAAUUAUGAAACCAUGGGCAGAGCACUCAGGUAUUACUACCAAAGAGGCAUCCUUAAUAAAGUGGAAGGCCAGCGACUUGUCUACCAGUUCACGUCACUCCCCGAAGACAUGAUUUAUAUAACAGAUGGCGAUGGCAGCAACGAGAAUGAAGAACAUGACAGCAGUGCUAACGACGAGGGAGCGAGCGAGGACUCCGAUGACAGCACUCUGUCUUCAAGCGACCAAUCAGUGGAGGAGAAAGACGCCGUCCCACAGAAAACUACAUCACUCAGCUCCAUCCAGACCCCGCCUACCCAACCUAGCAGGUCUGCCCGCGACACUGUUUUUCGACCUUCCAACUCCAGCCUCAUCCAGGAGCAGCAUUUGCCCAUCGUGUCUGCUGAGAUGCUGCGUACCCUUCAGAAUCUGCAGAAAGUCCAGUCCCUCCAACCAGCAGGCCACGCCUCGGUGUUUAAAACGGCUCAGCUGCUGGGGAGUCUCUGUGAGCAACAGGCUUCGGCCGACAGGAGGGGUCCUCCGCCGCAUACACACGACGAGGAGUCCCAGCCAGGACCGGAAGCUUUGCAGGUGGAGCCUCCGAAACUGGUGCCUCUUAUUGGCUCUGACGAGUAGAUUACGGAGCCACCCCCCCAAACACACACACACACACACACACACACACACACAUGCAUUGCACUGCACUCCACUGACCACUUCCACUCUGCAAUGUCAGAAAGCAUGUCAUUACUUAAAAGGAAACUGCACUUUGGGGGGGGGGGGUCAGGUCAUCACAGUCCUUAUUUAAGACAUGAACCCAAAUAAAACCCCAAGAGAACACAAACAACGCUCCACCCGCUAACCUUAUAGCAACAUUGUUAUUAACAUUGUUACGCCAAAGAACUAUAUUACUGGUGUAGUGACCCCACACCACACCGGCUAGUGAUUAGCUUCACCACACACUCCUCUCUGUCUGCAAUAAUGAUUGUGGAUCCAAAGAAAGUGCAGUUUUCCAUCAGAUUUGACUGUGUCAGCCCUAUAGCACAGUCGAAAUUAAGCUAAUGUUAUCCCCGUCUUCUGUCAUCAUUCCUAUGUUCGACACGUGACACCAAAGAUAGACACUGGAACCUACAGCGGCUCUGCACACACACACACACACACACACACACACACACACACCUUCCGCUUGCACUUCCAUGCCGCUCUGCCAUUAUUUUAUUUUAUUUUUUUGCGCCUCCCCCCGUCCCCUUGUAUCCUGAAUCAUUCCUCUGCCUUGACAAUGACUUUGCACUAAUGUUUAUCUCUGCUGUAUGUUUCUUCUGAAAGUGCCUGAAUAUCUCAGUCCAUCCUUUUGCCCUCUUUUCUCCUUUGCGAUGGGGGGGGUAUUAAGGGAAACAUUCCACAUUUUUAUGGAUUUUUUUUGUCUUAUGAAUUGAUAAAUCAUAAGGGAUCACUGUUUAGAAUAGUAAUUUAGCACUGCUGCUGAUGGGUAUUGAAGGUAUCUUCAGCAAACUUUUUUUUUGUUUUUGACAAUCAUGAGCAAUCUUGACUUAUUUAGCUACUGUGCCUCCAAUAUUCACACUGCGGCUAUUUACUUAUUGUUUCUGCUAUGCACACAUUGAAGUUAUGUAAGUGCUUCUAUUGAACCUGUAAAGCCUUGAUAUAUUUACUUAUUGUAUAUUUACAAUAUGCCUGUGAAAUAUGCUUGACUUGUGCCUUGUUGCCAUUUUUCUCCCUCAGGUUUUAUUUUUUAUUUUGCACCGACUGUGCAAAAAAUCGACAGUGGCUGGGCCCUUCAUAAUGAAGUAAUGCUAAGUUUUGGUGUGUUUUGAUUCCCAGUUUAUUCCAUUUUUGUUUAUUUACUUAGCCGGCCACCCCAUUCCUCAUAGAAAAUGAACGUACCCUUUCACAAAGUUGCAACUGUGCCUUUGACCUCUGGGAACUUUAUGCAAAAAAAAAUGUUUUGUAUUUUAACAUGAAGUAAGACCUAAUUGGGGGAAUCCUUACUAUUUGCGUUAACUGGAGGUGUAUUGAUACUGUAUGAUUUUUAAUAGAGGGAGAGGUGGCGUUUUCUGUUGCUUUGGGUGGUGUGUUUGCUUUGAUGCACUAAGGAUGUGGUAGAACGCAAGCUUAUGCUCAAGCUAUACACAAUAAAUAUAAUCUUCUCAAUU